AUGCCUGAUUUACAGAAUUCUCCUUGCACUUUAGAAGAACGCAACCCGCCACGAAAACAGCCAACGACCCUGAGUGGAUGCCAAGCACAGCCCACGAACAAUUUCAACGCCGACCCUGGAAAAAGCACGCGAAAAAGCGCUUGGGUAGGGAAAUGGCGCGAGAAACACGAAAGUCAACGUGCUUUUGUACGAGACGCGAGACUGCGAGAGAAAGUGUCGUUCGCAAAUGCAAAAAGAGCGAAACAUUGUUGUUUUUUCGACAGCCGAGAGAGAAAACAAAAAAGAAAGACGAAGGAAGGGCGAACUGCGGAGUUAGGGCGCAGCCUGCCGAUCUGGCUCUUGGCUAUAACGGUGAAUAAUGACGGUAUAACCGUUAUCGACUGGUCGAUUUAGCACAAAAAUAAUCUUCUGAAUUGUUGUAUCUAAUAUUUGAUGUGGCCUUUUGCAAAAAUUCAAAAAAUUUGUGGCUUAGGUCCCACCGAGAUUCGAACUCGGGUCGCAGGAUUCAAAGUCCUGAGUGCUAACCGCUACACCAUGGAACCACGGCCUCGAGGCGUUUAGAAAGGGCUUUCGUUUUCUCCGGCUUUAUUUUUUAUCGCGUAAUGAAUAUCCGCGAGCUAAAUUUUGCAGAUUCAAAAUGAUUUUUUCCAUAAUUUAGGUUGGUUACCUUAUGGAUGAGCCGAUAACACAAAUCGAACGUCGAGAAUCGGAACUUUGCUCAUUUCUCCGGUCAUUAUUGCACGACCGGCAAAAGUACGAUGACUAUUUGGAGUUUGUAGACGAACCUGACAUCCAGGGGGACUUUAGUUGGAAGAAAUUCGAGACUUUGAUAUUAGACUAUCAAGCUCAGAAUAGUGCCAAUUUAGAGGGUGCAAUAUUAGCAUUGGAUGAUCAGUUGGAUUACAUCUCGUAUGUGGAGGUGAGUGUGUUUUGAUUAUUACUUCUUGGUUUUUAGAGAUUGGAAACUGGUUGUCUUCAAUGUAUUCAAUUUUCAAGCAAGAUCUUAUCUAGGAUAAUGUCCAAAUUUUAGAUAAUAAACCAAUUACAAGCAUUUUACGACCAAGGAACUCGCGAUACCUUCAAAGCCCGCGCGUUGAUGGUCAUAGCCAUAACUUCUUUCGGUCGGAUCUACUUGAAUUUCUACUUCAAACAUGCGAGUAAAAGUUAUAUGGCGGAUCAUAACUCCCAGCUUAUAUUGUCCUUUACUCAUCGACAUGUGAUGAAUAUUCUGCGAACAAUGGAUGACUGGGUAUGUUGUUUAGACCUCCAAAUCUCUAUCUUUUAGGCUCAAUUCGAUCAAUUCCUUCAAACCUAUGUUCCAACUCGUGGAUCCAGUUUAUUUGAUCGAGUUUGUGUGAUGGUUGACCGGAUAGGACUGCCGAUUCUGGGGAUAUUUGCUGUUUACAUCGCCUAUAAAUUUCGGAUAGCCUUAACAUAG